GAAAGAUUGUUUCUAUUUCUCACGAACAAUUUUUUAAAUUUUCGAAGAUUCAUAAAAAUAAUUUUUUUAGGUUACUUAGAAUGUUUAUCAAAAGCCACGUCUUAGUGGAAAGAAAUACAUCUUUUUGACAAGAUUAAGGAAGUUUUUGACGAGGUUUUUGAGCAAUCAAGAAAAAAGAUUUCUCGAUUAAAAGAUAAAAUACGAAAGCAUAGAGAAACUUAAACCACACGUUGAGUUGUUUAAUUGCUGUAUACGAAAUUAAAAAGAAAAUUUGUAUAUUCUCUUGAUUGAAAAUGAAUAAAAUUGCACUCGGAAAUAUUAUUACAAUAAUAUUUUCUUUAACAAUACAAAUUGCAGUGUCAACGAGAAUAUUACCAACUGAGCGUUUAGAGAUGGCUAAUGAUUUUUAUGACAGAAAAUUAUUAGCAAUCGACAAUCAUAUUAAUUAUCCUUUCAAGUAUGAAGCGUGGGUCAUGUUGGAAAAUCAUGUUCUCAGUGUGCAUAAACUCGAUUAUUUUCUUCAAGAAAUAAAUAAAACUGGAAAGCCAAUUGAAUUCUUUCACGAUAUGAAACUAAUAAAUCCUAUUCAUUUCAAAGUUUUGCGAUAUUUUACUUUUAUGGAAUCAAACUAUUUUGAUAUUAAUGAUGCUGGUGAUUGUUUCAAAAAUCUUAAUUCAAAUGUAUUUAAUAAUUCAUUUGAAAUAUCAUUUCAACAUUUAUUCUACAGUUAUGUAAGAAUGAAACUCAACGAAUUACUUUCAUUUGAAGAUUAUUAUGCUCUUAGAAUUUUUCUACAAGAUUAUUCGCAAAUUAACUUGGAAAAUCCUCUAGGCUGGAGAAUAAGAAGAGCAAUUUUUAAUUUGGCUAUUCGUCAAUAUAAAGAGAGACCACAAUUAUCAUCUGAUUCCGAUGUUGCAGAACUUUGUACAUUCUAUUUAAUAAAAUCGGAAAAAUUUAUUUGUGAUAUUAAAAAGAAUGACGUUAUUCGUGUCAAAGAAUUUCAGGUUUGCAGUGGUGGUAAUCAAAAGUAUGAAUCUCUUAUCAAGGAAAUUACACCUUUUACAUAUUUGGUCUCUUAUGAUGUGAACAUUUUGAAUAAUAUUCAAAUUGUGAAUUUAAAUGAAAUCACAGAAAGUAAUGAAGAUCUUUAUGUAAUUCUUCCUGAUACAAAAUUAAUUUUGUCUAAAAAACUGAACCCUGUUAGGCGAUCUGGAAUAAUUCUUCAACGUUUGAUUCAAAAUGUUUAUGUUUUGAAUAUAAAUGAUCAAAAGUUGCUGACAAAUUGGGCGAAUAAAGUUGAAAAUCUUCAAACCCUAGAGAAAGAAUAUUUAGAAUAUCAUUCCAGGAAUCAUUAACAUAAAAUGAAGAAAAUUAACGAAUUUUAUUAUUUUGUUCUACACUUAAAGGAAGGAAUUAAGAAAAAAAUAAAUACUAUAUUUAUUUUUAAAUUUCGAAAAAUGCAUUUUCAAUGUAUAUCGAAAA